AUGAAUUAAGACACCACCAACGUGAUUUUAGUUGUGAUUACCAACAAAGCUAAUAAAACUCUUGGACAUGACAAGUAUUUCAAAGUCUUCAGCCAAUUCGGCACCAUCUAAAGAAUGCUCAUAUUUGAAAGAUCAUUGACAUGGAAAACAUUUAUCGAAUUCGAUAAUCCAGAAUCUGCGAUUAAGGCAAGAUAAUCAAUGAAUGAUAAGCUUUUUUGUGAUGAUGCAUAAUUAACAAUGAAUGUGUAUGCUAGUAAGCUUACAUACAUCACAUUUUAAGAAAAUAAUACUGGGGGUGUUGAUUACACUUUAUUACGUAAAUAAUAGCAACCAGCUCCUAAGCCACCUCAAUAGCCCAUCCCAAUAUAGUUUCUAUAAUCAUAAAUGCAGUUUCAGCAUCAAAUGUCCUAAUAGAUACAAUAAAUAAAUUAAUUGAUGGGAUAACUAUAGUAAGUAAGUGCUGAAGGAUUCUCAACAACCAUGAUUUCUUCAUCUGACUUAUAGUCUUAAAUAGAAAAACAAUAGUAGUUGUUGAAUUAAAUAUAUGAAUAUUAAGCAAACUUCCAACACCUCACUGAUUAAUAUCAAAACUUCUUAUAGGGUGUUAACAAAUAAGAAGAAACCUAAUCAGUAAGUAUCUAAUCAAAGUAAUCUAAUCGAAAGAAACUGACCUUGCCAGCAGAUCAGAAGAAAAAAACAGAUUAAAUAGAAUUUAUCUAAAGUUAUAGAGAAAACAAUACAGAAAGCUUAUUCAAUAGUUAAGAGUAAAAAAUCGAAGAUGAUGAUUUGAACUUCUAAGGUCUAGGUUUAAGAGAAUCCGAUGACGAAAUCGUAGGAUCUGAGAAUUGUGACGAUGAUGAUGACAAUUAAGAUGAAGAAUAAAAUGAAUUCCUCAAAUAUUUUGAUUAGAAUUCAGACAAUAAAUAAAUUAAUAAUUUCUAAAAUGCCUUUCAAAAUAAUGAAAAAUCUCAAUAAUAAUAAUUCUAAUCCUAAUAAUAACCAUCAAAUCUAUCAUAAACCUCUUCCUAACCCACUUCAUCUUCCAAUUUAGAUUAAUUCAAAAAUAAAAUCAUCAGAAUGCCAGUAUCCAAGAGUCAGACCUUACAAUAAGUAGAAAAAUAAUAAUUAGAUAAAAUGUAAUAAAGUGCAGACAAAAUUGAAGAAUACAUCAAUCCAAAAUUUUUGCAAACUGUGAGAAAAUCAAGAGUAAUUUAUGCAAGAUGGUUCGACAAAAAAGUUGUCACUUCUCAAAUGCUCUACAACUUAUUUAGUAUUUAUGGCAACAUUGAUAAAAUGAUAUAUUUAAAGGAGAGAUCUAGUGCUCUUAUCUAAUAUGUUACUUAAGAUCAUGCUGCUAUUGCUAAGGAAUCCCUAAAUGAUAUCAUGUUUUAUGGGCAAUCCAUUAAAAUAUUUUUUUCGAAUUAUGAAGAAAUUUCACUUAAGACUUAACCAACUAAACCUGGAGAAUUUACUUAGGAUGUCAAAACUCAAGAAGAGUACUUUUAGGGAGGUGAAGAAACACAUAGAAUCAAACCUGAUAGUACUUAUACUUUGGCACCUCCUUGCGAUACUAUUUAGGUUUCUAACUUAACAAAAAAUUCAUGUCAAAUACCAGUUUUAUAACAAUAUCUUUAAGAUUAUGGAAACAUUAGAUUAUCAAAAUUAGUCACUAAUGCUACGAAGUACAUGGCCAUUCUCAAGUACCCAAGCACAGAAGUGGCUAUAACUGUUUUGGCUAAUAACAAUGGAUUAGAUUUAGAUGGUAAGUAAAUUUAAAUAAAUUUCUCAAAACAAAAACUCAUAUGA